AUGUGGAUGGAUCAACCUUCACCUUCAACCACAAGAAAAAACAGAAAGACUUUGAUGUCUAUAAAGAGAUACGCGAAGAAGCGUCCACCUGAUGUAGUUCUUUACUUGGACCGUCUUGAUAUGAUCGACAUGAGAUACAGUGAUUACCCUCUCCUGAGCCUUAUAACUGAAGUCUUGGGUGCAGCUAUAUGGUUAAACACAAUACUUGUAAUGACGCAUUCUUCAAUUGCUUCUGUGAAGUACGAGUCAUACGUUGGCCAACGCAUGGAUGUUGUUCAGCACUAUAUACAUCAAGCUGUGUCUGAUACGAAGCUACAAAACUUUGUACUGUUAGUUGAGAACCAUCCUAGCUGUAGAAAGAAUCCUGCGGGUGAGUUUGUUCUUCCUAACGGACAGGUGUGGAAGCCUCAGUUUAUGUUUCUGUGCGUUUGUACCAAAGUUCUUGGUGAUGUUCAAUCUCUACUGAGGUUUCGUGACAGCAUUGGUUUGGGACAGCCAAGUAGUACCCAAACAGCUUCUCUGCCUCAUCUUCUUACGGGUUUUCUGUGCCGUCGGUUACCGUCAGGUGGAGAUGAAGCAGAGAAGGAGAUAGACGAGCUUAUGGAUUCGGAGCUGGAGGAGGAGGAAGAUGAGUAUGACCAGCUGCCUGCAAUACGGAUCCUUGGCAAAGCCCGGUUUGAGAAGCUGUCAAAGUCUCAGCAGAGAGAGUACGAAAGGCUUCACAGACUGGGUUUUCGAUCCUAUAACGCGUGA